AAUGUUUAGAGUUUUAUACGGAAAAGAAAUAUCGUAAACCCCUGCUCAUCUCUUCCCUCUUUCGUUAUUAGGGUUUAGGUUUUAGAGACUGCGACGCCAAAAAUCUACCCCUCUUCAUCUUUUCCAGUUCAGAAAUGGACACAAAUGGAUCCGAUUCAUCGAGGCAAAUCCAGGUCCGCUUCGUUACGAAGCUGGAACCUCCAUUAAAAGCCCCGGCGAGCUCCAUCGCCGUCCCUUCUUACCUCAAUCGGAUGGGUCUUUCUGAAAUCGUCAAUUCUCUGCUCAAAAGCGUGAGUUCUGAGUUCGAGCCUCAGCCGUUUGAUUUUCUGGUUGAUGGGGAGCUUGUUCGGAUGUCGCUCGAGCAGUUUCUGUUAGCAAAGGGCAUUUCGGCGGAGAGAGUACUUGAAAUUGAAUACAUCAAGGUGGUAGCCCCACGAGAACAGAAAGAUCCUUGCUUGCAUGAUGAUUGGGUCAGUGCAGUUGAUGGUUCUGAUCCGAGAUUCAUUUUAACAGGGUGCUAUGACAAUAUUUCAAGGAUUUGGAAAGCUGGUUCAUUAUGUACACACAUCUUAGAAGGGCACACCGGUGCAGUUACUUCUGUCAGCAUCCUCAAUACUACAGCAGGAGUAGAGAAUGGCAACAUCCGUUUGGCCACUGGUUCAAAGGAUCGGACAUUGAGACUAUGGAUGCUUGAUGUUGCUGGGAAGGUGGAUUAUCCGAUGAAGAUUGGAGCAUACAAAGUUCUUAAUGGACACAUGGCUUCUGUACAGAGCAUUUCUUCAGCACCUUUAGGAGAUAAGAUAUGCUCAGGCUCUUGGGAUUGCUCUGUCAAGUUGUGGAAAGUUAAUGAUUCUGAAGUAGAAGGUGAUUCUGUGUCGAUAAAGAAGAGGAAGCUUGUUUCUGACAUGGUUGAAGAAUCUCAAGCAGAGAUCGAGGCUAUGUCAAGCUUUGUUGGCCACACACAAUGUGUGUCUUCAGUUACCUGGCCAGAACUUGAAACUAUAUAUUCAGCGUCAUGGGACCAUUCUAUCAGAAGUUGGGAUGUCGAAACAGGCAAAAGCCCUUGGAACAUGGUUAGCGGAAAAGUAUUUAAUUGCCUUGAUGUUGGAGGCAGAGAACUCAUUGCUGCUGGUGGUUCAGAUCCUAUUCUGAGGAUAUGGGAUCCUCGAAAGCCAGGAACUUUGGCUCCCAUUUUCCAGUUCUCAUCUCACGCUUCUUGGAUCACUGCUUGCAAGUGGCAUUCAAGUUCACAGUUCCAUUUGGUUUCUUCAUCAUAUGAUGGGAAGGUGAUGUUGUGGGAUUUGAGAACAGCGUGGCCCUUGGCAGUAAUAGAUUCUCACAAGGACAAGGUAUUAUGCGUGGACUGGUGGAAAGGUGAUAGUGUGGUUAGUGGAGGAGCUGAUUCAAAGCUAUGCAUUUCUUCUGGGAUAUCAAUACAGUAAAAAUUAAGCUCUCCACUGCAAGCAGAAGCUAACUGCAGACAAGGCAUUCCUAUACACAACAUAAUUGUGGCGCUAAUUUAUCAACUGGCAAUUGAGGAAUGAACAGAGUGCGCAAGCUAUAUCUCUGAGCGGGUGGAGAGUGAAAUUUUGUGCGUUCUUCAGCAUUAACUGCUGGGUUUUCUAUAUUAGCAGAGUAAAAUCUAAUCAUUUUUUGAGUGGCAAGAUGUAUUAAGUUUGCUUAGUGGUGUGAAUUUUGCUCAGAACGGUCAAGGAAAUACUGCUAAAUUUUUGUUAUUUUCGCUACCUUGGAAUGUUUCAGAGAUUUAUUGAGGAAGAUUUGAAAAGAAAAUCUCUGUGAUGGAUGUUGUAGUUUGAUGCUGGUUUUAUUAACGCAAGCAUGAAGGUCAGUGGAGUUCACUUCAAGUUUGUGUCGCCAAAUGUAUUUUGAUUCCAAAGCUUAAAUCAUUAUAAAACCAUUUGAAGGGA